AUGCAAGCCAUCAAGAAAAUGUUGCCAAAGCGUGACCGCUCUGAACCUACUCUACAGCCCAAAAACAACGCACUCCUCCCUCGUCUCAUCCACAACAAAAAGUCAAAGAUAAAGAAACACAUCUGUCACCUCCUCAAACCCCUCCGCAUCGGCUUCCUCCUCGAGAGUUUCAACAAUCCUAAUCUCCCUCUUAUCAUUCUCCGCCCUCCAACUCCCAUGUGGGAAAUGUACAACGUCGAAGAACGCCUUUUUGACCGCUCAGGCGACAAUUUCGUGUUGAAGAAGAGCAAAGCGCGCGCGAAUUUUAAGCAAGAGGGUAACAGGAUGCUGCCGGUGCCGGUGCCGAAGCUUGAGGACUUGCUAAUGAGUGGAGAUGAGGGCGAAGAUGAGGCAGUAGAGGCGGGGACUGUCUACUCAAUUUCCAUCGAUACAUCUACGUUUCUUCAGUUGUAUACACCAGUCAGCAGUCCAACCCCGAUUGACAGUCCGACACCAAUCAAGACACCAACGCCCAUCGAAAUCCCCACACCAAUCGAGACUCCCACGCCUCCACCCAUUCUCUGCAAUGUCUUCCGCCCCAGAAUACUUACCGUAACACCUCAACGCAAUAUUCGCAUGGCCAACGGUGUCCCAUUUGACUCCAAACUCUGCAAAAGCUUCUGUCGCAGCCUAGGUACCUGCGCCAGCUACGGGGUCACCAGGCCAUUCUGCGAAUUAUACGCUCUACCUGUUGCGGGGGUUGUAUGGACUGGCGAUACUAAUGAGACUGUGACGAACGCUGUGUAUACAUUCUACGAUCUACAGUGUGUGUAA